AUGCAGAAUGCCCCAUUGCACAAAUCGCUGUUCGGUGGAAGGCAGCUGUCUCCCUGCAAUGAUUCCAAACAAGGCAAUCCCCCACGUUGCAAGGAGAAGUCCCAUGACGUAAACCCGGAUUCGAUCAAACAGGCAAUCUCGACCGGAGAUCCGGAAGUAAGGACCAUGCAACUACGACAAAUACGUUCUGGCUCGGCUCUGCAUGAGUAUAUUGUACUUGAGCUUGAUGUCAUGAUUGAGGGACGUGUGCAAUCACAACGGUUCCAAAUCGAAGCUCAGCCUGUAUCUCGCUCGGCAUUUUCCAAGAACUCUCAGGAACACAGCAGUGUCGGAACGGAUAUCUUAAAACCCUACAGCCCCGAGCAGAAUAGCACUGAUUCAUCCGAGUGCCUGUUUGAGCUUGUUUUUCACCAGUUUCUUCCUAUCAGUCGCGUCUUCAAGAUAUGGCAAGUUAUCUCUAAGCAUGCGCCCCACACGCCCCAGUUUGAUUCCUGUUUCUACGCACGUACCCUGAUGCUCUGUGUCUUGUGUGAGAAAGGGGCAUGGUAUGAGGAAUAUAUUUGGGUAAGCCAUAAAGAUACCGCGUAA